UAACAAUUAUCAAUGGCUCGAACAAUGCUUUUGAUUGCUUUGGUUUUUAUUUUAGUUUGUGUUGCACCAUGUUUUGAAGCAAGGAAACAAUAUGUUGAAUCAGUCCCUAGUCUUGGAACUGGCAAUUUGCAAUCAGUCUCAAGUCUUGGAAUAGGCAAUGUUGAUCACAAUUUGAUAUCUUUGAAGUCAGUUAUGUAUCCUAGAAUUGGCCAUGUUGAUGGCAAUUUGAUGUCAAUCCCGAGUCCUGGAGCCGGCCAUGAUGGUGGCGGUUUGAAGUCAAUUCCGAAUCUUAGAAUUGGCCAUGUUGAUGGCAAUUUGAUGUCAGUUCCGAGUCCUGGAGCCGGCCAUGAUGGUGGCGGUUUGAAGUCAGUUCCGUAUCUUAGAAUUGGCCAUGUUGAUGGCAAUUUGAUGUCAGUCCCGAGUCCUGGAGCCGGCCAUGAUGGUGGCGGUUUGAAGUCAGUUCCGAAUCUUAGAAUUGGCCAUGUUGAUGGCAAUUUGAUGUCAGUCCCGAGUCCUGGAGCCGGCCAUGAAGGUGGCGGUUUGAAGUCAGUUCCGAAUCUUAGAAUUGGCCAUGUUGAUGGCAAUUUGAUGUCAGUCCCGAGUCCUAGAGUCGGUCAUGAUGGUGGCGGUUUGAAGCCAGUUUCGAAUCUUAGAAUUGGCCACGUUGAUGGCAAUUUGAUGUCAGUCCCGACUCCUGGAGUCAGCCAUGAUGAUCGUGGUUUGAUAAAUGCUCGUUAAUAAAUUAAUGAGAUUUCUCAAUCUACAUGAAAUUCGAUCUAUUAUUGUUCAUGAACUAAAUAUUUCAAAUGUCUCGACUGAAUGAUGUAUGUAGUAGUAUACAUAUAACCUG